AUGACAUCCCGCAUCGGCAUAAUCGGCGUAGGCCACGUCGGCGCCGCAGCCGCCUACGCCCUCCUCCUCCAGCACGUCGCGCGCGAGCUAUGGCUCGUGGACAUCAAGCUCGACCGGCGCGACGGCCAAGUCCGCGACCUGGCCGACGUCGCUGCCGUCGUUGCCAGCGCCACCAAGUCCCCAGGCGCCGGGGCCACCGUGCGUGCCGCGACCCACCACGAAGUCGCCGCGGAGUGCGAUAUCAUUGUCAUCACGGCGGGGUCCAAGUAUACCAUUGGAGAAACAAGCAUGCAGCACCUCUACCGCAAAGUGUCGAUCGUGCGCAGCAUCGUGGCGGCCAUGAAGCCCAUCCGCCGAGACGCGGUGCUGUUGGUGGUGUCGAACCCGGUGGAUCUGUUGACCUCCCUGGUGAGGGAGACGGCGGGCCUACCGGCGGGACAGGUGCUGGGGACGGGGACGGAGCUUGAUGGCGUGCGGUUGCGGGCGUUGGUUGCGGCGGAGAUGGGGACCCCCCCUUCCACCAUCAACAACCUCAACGUCCUAGGCGUCCACGGCUCCUCCCAGCUCGCGACCUGGUCCACCGCGACCGUCAACGACCAGCCCCUCCACCAGACCCUACUCAGCAACCACCACCCGACGCUCCUGGCCGAUGAAUGCACGCGGCGGUCCGAGGCCAUCGUCCGCGCCAAGGGGUCGACCGAGUACGGCAUCGCGGCGGUGAUCGCGCGGCUCUGCGCGGCCAUUCUAGCAGAUGAGCGGGGCUUCCAUGCGGUCAGUCAUUUCCAGGCGGAGUUCGGGUGCUGUUUUAGUUUGCCGGCGGUGGUGGGGAGGGAAGGGGUCGUGCGGACGGUGGCGGUGGACCUGCCGGAGGCGGAGAGGGCGGAGAUGGAGAGGAGUGUGAGGCUCUUGAGGGGACAGAUUGGAGCCGUGGAGGGGGAUGGUGUUGUCUGA